UGUGAUGGUCGCGCGCACCACAAGCUGUCGGCACGCGGCGCAACAUGCACGCCUCCCUUGCGCUCGUCCUCGCGCUCACCGCGCACACACUCGCCGCGCCGCCUCGCGAACGCGCCGGCUUCCAAAGAGAAAUAGAUGGCACACGAUACAACCAGGUGCCCAAGAUCUUCGACUUUGUGCUCAGCGAGGACUAUCUCAACUCUCUUAGAAGCAAAGGUAAACUCGUGACGAAAUUAAGACCGGAAGAAGCACUAGCCGCAGACAAUGUUAUAUUAGAAUCCAAUGUGGUGAGAAUAGUGAGGCCCUCUAAGCAUAGAGACAGCGAGAAAGGUGUGGCGUUAGUGCGCCAGCGCAGAGGCUACAACCUGGAGAACGUGCGGGUGCCUGCGCGGUAUCCCUAUCUGCCAGUACCGCGGUACAACCGACUGCGCCGCUGGGGCUAGCGGGUAGCGGCCGCGCACCUCGGCCGAGGCGCUCUCAAAUGUCAAGGCUGCGGCGGCAUCGUUCAGAAGGCCCCGGAGCAGCGCGGCGCAUCUCAUGUAUGUGCAUCACAACAAACAGACUGUUUAUGUUUAUGUUAUUUAUUCGAAGUGGCUGUGAUAGGACGCUCGUUUAAUGCAAUUAUUUCUGCGGCUUCGAAACAAAGGCAGAGUGUCUACACAUAUGUAGUAGUACAGAUUGUUACUGUGCAUCCUAAGUUUUAGCUUGUUAAUUUUAUUACAUGAUAAAUAUUUA